AUUGAACGAGUACGGCGCGAUUACUCUAUCUAGUGUUGCCUCCGGAGCACUCUACGGUGAACCCAGCCUCGCCUCAUCGAACUGUGCGUCGUUCGACAUCGGCGCAGGAUACUCGCGGACGCGUUCGCCAGUGUCAAUGACCUCGUAUCCUGGACGAGGCUAUAAGCCAGGACACGAUAAUCGCGAAGCAAUGCUUGAACAGUAGAGCCGACGUUCACCGAGGAGAAUUCCCGGAUGCCGAGAUAAAGAAAAAUUUGAGCAGACACUUGAGGAAAGUGUAUGAAAAUUCGGAGGAAAGAAUUCAAAUUGUCUCGGCGCGAAAUUCGGGAACGAAGGAGAGAAUGAUCGAAACGUACAUUUACGGCGUGAGAGUGACGCAUGCCGAUUGAACUCGAAGGUGGUGGUCUGAUAUAUACUCGAUGAAUGGGUGAUGAUAGAUGUAUCGGUAUCGUUAUCGCGGAGUGUGACCUAUCGCCAGCGCGUUUCCGCCAGCGCGUCCUCACGUCCGUUAAUGCAAUAUAAGUAAAGUGAAAAAAAAACGCGAGUCAGAGAUCGGAACGUAAGAAAUCGCGAUGAGUCGCGCCGCGAAGUUCUACAAGCUGCUGGCAGUCGUCCUCUGCUACGAAGCCUGCAGCUACAGCUUAAUGCUGGAUGAGGAUAAGGAACCGAAUUACCUUACUGCCGGGGUGGGAGAAUACGCGGUAUUUAAUUGCGAUCUUGACUUUCCGCACGAGACGCCGAUUCCAUAUCUUCUUCAAUGGAACCGCGAUAGCCGUUCAGUGUUCACUUGGCACGAUGGACAAGUCACGGUGGAACCCACUUACAAAGGCCGCAUACAUUUGCUGGACGAUGCCGGUCAUCGCGGAUACGGCCAGGGUAGCAUAAACCUCACGAAUAUUCGCGAAAGCGACCAAGGCUGGUACGAGUGCAAGGUGAUCUUUCCUAACCGAACGCCGAAUUCGAGAAACAAUGGCACGUGGUUUCACCUCGCCAUUGAUGGUGUGUCGCCGUUUCCGACAACUGUUUCAGGUGAUACGUUACUUGCAAUACCACCUGUCAAUAAAACUGCCAUGGAAGGCGAAACGGUCUCGUUCGACUGUGUCGCGAAAGGAGAAGGUACAAUCGUAAAUUGGUUUCGUGAAGGAGUACCGAUCCCGGAAAUACAAGAUCUCAAAAGAAGAGCGUCUACUGGUGCUGAUGGAACGCUGGUCAUAAAGUCAGCUGCCAUGGGCGACCUUGGGGAGUACACGUGCGUGGUGACUGGAGAGACUGGAGAUCAACAAAGUGCAUCAGCUUUUCUCAAUGUUCAAUAUAAGGCGAAAGUAAUCUAUGCACAGCGGGAAGUCUACCUUCCCUACGGGAAACCAGCCCUCUUGGACUGCCACUUCAGGGCGAAUCCGCCACUUACAAAUCUCCGUUGGGAGAAGGAUGGAUUUCUCUUUGAUCCUUACAAUGUGCAAGGGGUCUUCUAUAGGAGGAACGGAUCUCUUUACUUUAGUAAAGUCGACGAGACGCACUCGGGAAGUUACAGUUGCACUCCCUACAAUGAACUAGGCACCGAAGGGCCUAGCCCUUCGAUUACUGUGAUAGUUCAAAGGCCACCGAUGUUCACGGUAACACCGCAACACAUGUAUAUGCGAAAGCUAGGCGAGAGUUUGGAAAUUCCUUGCGACGCCAGAGACGGCGACGACUCGCAUCGACCAACUAUCAUGUGGUACAAGGACGGGUCGCCCUUAUCGCCCGAGAGAACCAUCAUAAUCGGCGGCAAUUUGACGAUAGAGAGGAUCCAAGAACACGAUCGAGGAGUGUACCAAUGCGCAGCUAGCAACGAAGCAGCGACGGUCGUCGCGGACACUGAGUUAAUGGUGCUGAAUGUUCCACCUAGAGCGCCGUACAACUUAAGCGCUAAUAGUAGCAAUAACGCGGUUACUUUGACUUGGAUACCUGGAUACGUGAGGCCCAAGAUGGAGUACUCAGUAUGGUACAGACCCACGGACACGUCGGAAUGGAGAACCAUGAAAAUUCUUUCGAGAAAAAUUACGGAAGCGACGGUCAACAAUCUUAACGCAGGACGGGAAUACGAGUUCAUGGUUUUGAGUCAGGAUAAACACGGCGAUGGGAUGUUUAGCAAGGCGCUUCGAAUAUUCACUCAGCCGACUUCUGUUGAUGAGAACUCGGCGUCGGAAUACCGUAGUCCGCAAGAGAUCGAGAUCAUGGGACCGCCGCGCAACGUGAGAGUUCAAGCAACGGUCGAGGGUUACUUGGUCACUUGGGAACCACCUUUUAUGGGCAAGAACCAAGUUAGACUUUACACCGUGAGGUGGUAUAGAGGACCAUCCGAACAUUUGUACGGCAGAGCAGAAACGACAGACACUUAUUAUCUAGUGAAAACUCUGGAGGAAGAGAGCUUCUAUACCUUCGAAGUGGCAGCGAUGUCUCUUACGGACGACGUUGCAACCAGCGAACGAGUCGGUUUGGAAGUACCCGCUUACCGUCGUAACCGAGCGAUUUCCAUGGGAAUUGUCGCUGGUAUAGGUUUUCUAGCGGCCGCACUGGCCGCCGUGUGGUGGGCGAGGAAACGAUUCUGCCAGCCGUCUGCCGAGAAGUAGCCGAGCAAACACGUGGGAUGCACGUGUGCGUACUCACAAACAAAAUAGUUGUUCGUGCGAGUUCGUAAUCGAUUAUAAAUAUUCAUGUCGCUCGCUACGUGCGAUCAUCAGCGAAUGAAGUCGGCUUAGAAAAAAAAGCAUGUGUCAUCUCUGAAGGCACAAUUCCGCAGACGAACUUUUUUUGAAGAGUCAAAGACCUUUUCAGCCCUCACUGACAUGGCACAAAAGAACAUAAAACAAGAAACAGAGUAAUAUCUAGUAUUAUAUAGACAUAUGCGGUGACGGCGAGGAGCGCAGAGACUCUUGGAACGUCCGUUCCAAGCCGAUCCUAUUUGCCGAGCUGCCGAGCGUUACUACCGAGUGUUCUUGCAUCGCUAAUUAUAUCAUACUUUGUGUGCCGUUUAACAGCUUUAUUAAGUAAUUGCACGUUAACAAGUGACUAGAUUUCAUGCGCGAGAGCUGCAGGUCGUCGACCGGUCGAAUGCGAGACCGUGAAUUAAAGAGAAUUGCAUAUUAUCACGUGUAUUCUUUUUCUAUUGUAUAUAAAUUAUGCCCGCGCGUGCAUACAUACGUUUUUCACGUAUUCUCCAUUAUUACUCUUACUGAUUUUAUUCGACGCGUUCAUUGUCGUAUAUGCUUGUACCAUCGCAAAAAUUGCAUAUAAUAAAAAGAGUGGGAAGCAG